ACGCGUGAGCAUGACGUCUGCUAAUAAUUUCACGAAUUGCAUGACUUGAACUCUGAGGAAAUCAUCGCUUCAUACAAAAAAAUUCACCCAAAUAAAAUGAACAAAAUUAAUUGAACUCAAUUCCAAAUAAAGAAAAUAACUGUUGAAAAUUCUGAAACUAUUUUUUAUGAAAUUCUUCGUCAACGAUUGUUGACAUUCGAUCGAUGGGUUUGUGAUUGUUGGGGACAGGACGAUGAACAGUGCAAAAAAAUAGUUAUGAAAUUUUUAUCUCGAUUUGAAUCGAUGAAUUAAGAACAAUAAAAUAUAAAUCGCGAGUCUUAUGAUCCUGGAGUGUCCGGCGCGAUUGUUUAUCGCGCAAAAGUGUGACAUUGUCUGGUGAAUAAAAAAAAAAAUAUCCUGGAUAAUAACGAUUAGAAAUCCCCGGAAAAGAUGUCAGUGUUGUUGGAAGCACGGCCUUACAGGCCAUUCAAAUCCUCGGAGGAGUACCUGAUUGCAAUGAAGGAGGAUCUAGCUGAGUGGUUAAAUGCCCUCUAUCCCGAGUUGAGGAUAAGCCUCGACAAUUUUAUGGACAGACUUGACACUGGCGUCGCCCUCUGCAAACACGCCAACAACGUCCGCCGCGCAGCAUCGGAUUACGUAGCGCGCCGCCAGGCGCGCAAAAUAAUGACUCGCUCAAUAACAUCGUCAUUGGCCGUACCGAUGAGCCAUCUGAGCGAUGUGGCCUUCCUGCCGAACGCCAAGGCCGGCACUUUCUUCGCCCGUGACAACGUGUCAAAUUUUAUAAGCUGGUGUCGCAACAGUCUCGGUAUCAUCGACUGUCUACUGUUUGAGAGCGACGACCUCAUAAUGCGUAAAAAUGAGAGACACGUGAUACUUUGCCUCCUCGAGGUCGCAAGACGCGGCGCCAAGUUCGGCAUGCUCGCCCCCAUGCUUGUGCAGAUGGAGAGACAGAUUGACAGGGAAAUUGCUGCUGAGAAUAAAGCGUCCAAUGGUGAUGGCAAUGAAGAGAGUGACGAUGAGUAUGGGGAAAUGCAACAGGAUGAACCGUGUCUUAUCUACGGGCCACAGCCACAGAUUGUCACCAAUGACCUCAAGAGCCUCGACGAAAUGGUUCGCGAACUGGUGGAGAGAUGCACCUGCCCGACGCAAUUCCCAAUGAUUCGUGUGUCCGAGGGUAAAUACCGAAUUGGCGACACCAAAGUCCUAAUAUUCGUGCGAAUUUUAAGGAGCCACGUUAUGGUGCGAGUGGGUGGUGGUUGGGACACACUCAGCCACUAUCUCGACAAGCACGAUCCAUGUCGCUGUCGUACCUCUCAUCGCUCGAUGAUCUCUGCUAAGCUGAUACAAAAGGCCGGAGGAUCAUUCGAUCUCUGCAGUGCGCAGGUGCAUUAUGAAAGAUCACCUCCGAGAACUCGCAGGAGUUCAGUGUCGAGUGUGGGCUCGUGCGCCGGUACAGUGACCCAGCAACAGGGCCAGCAGCCCCAGUCCCUUCAGACACCAAGAAGCAUAUCGAACAAUCGAUCUCGAUCACCAACACCGCAUCACGCUGCUCGCCAGCACCUCGGUGAUGAUCUCAAGAGAUCGGGCAAUCGCUCGAGGAGUCCCACUCCCCAGACUAAAUUCAUACCGAGUCCGGUUCGCCAAGCCAGUGACCUUGGUAACAAACAGAGAUCGAGAUCACCAACACCCAAGUCAAAUUUGCAGACGGGAAGUUCCCCCACACCCAGACCGGAAAUCAAUAGAUGUGGUCGAACGAGUCCUCUCGAUCCUACCAGGAAAGCACUCAACGAAGAAAUACGACAAGUCAAGUAUGAUGGAAGAUCGCAGAUGUAUCACAGUCGACAUCAGGAUAAUUAUCAGGAUCCUAAAAAAGAUCUCCACCAGGAGAUUCGUUCAAAAGUCCCCCUAUCCGAGGACUUUUCAAAGCGCUACACAGUUGAAGGUGGAGUGGCAAAACGCACAGCCGAGAGAGACGAUACACCAAAGUACGAGCCCUCAAUCUACAACUACAAGUGCGGAAGAGUGGAAUCCUCGAGUCGCAGUCCCACCCCGAGUCCACCAGCCAUCAAAGAGGAGGCCGUCGAGACAUUUGGCAAAUCUGGCCACGACGGUGAACACUCUGACAACGGGAGUGAAGUGUCUGACGAGGGUUACAGGAGUUUGGGUACUGUGCAACCACCAGUGCCAAUGAUCAACGGUACUAACAUCACGAGUAACCAGAUAUCGCCCACGGUUGUCGACUGUCAAAAACAACCGUCAAACCCCAGACAUGAAUCCGAGCGUUCGUGCGUCGAGACAGACAGCAUCGAGACAGGUCUCCGUAAGACAAAAGCCCCGGCAAGUCCCCGUAACUCCCCAGCCCGCAGUAUCCCAGGUGAUCGCACCCCUCGUGCCCAAUCAAUGGUCCGUUCAAACAGCAAUCUCUCAAGAUGUUCCUCCGGCAGUAGAACCCCCCGAGAAGGCAACUCAAGCCCCGAAGGAAGUCCCCUGAAACGCAAUGCCGUUCGCAAUAGCCUUCGAAAGCCCCCAGCAGGUACAGUAAGCAAAGCUGUAUCGCCACCAAAUCACUCACCAAGUGGCAGUAGCACCUGGAACGGUAGGCAAUCGAAACAACGGCCCGGAUUGUCAUCAGAUACCUUUGUUAAUCCCUCAGUAACCAUUAAUGGUAAUGGCAAUCGUGGCUCACCGUCAUUGAAUUUCUCCAGGAAGCAUACAACACGACAGAGUCUACCAAAGACAGCCAUUAAUGGUGUACAGUACGACAGAAAUGGUAGGAGAAUAAAGCCGACAACCAGUGUUUCACUGCAGUCAUCACCUACCAAAGUUGCUAAUCCCUUGUUAGAGCAGAUACUUCAGAAAGUGGGACAUCUGCAGGAUGACAAGCAGGUGGUCCAGAAGUUACAAGAUCUACUGAGAAAUUAUCAAGAUUGUACCGAUGGCGAACCGAAUCUAGAAUUCACGAGAGCGUGGAUCGAUGGAAAUGGAACUGUCGCACUUCCGCAAGAGGUUCAGGUGUCCACCAGUCCACGAAAGGAUCCCAAAGCUGCUAAUGAAAGGGGAUUCUCCAGAAUACCUGCGCCUAUAUACAAGAGAGCAAUGUCCGUCAACUCCGACAGCAUUUGAGAUUUGGUAAAUGAUGACUGCGAUUCCGGGGAAGGGAAUCCUAUAGAUUGCGGACGUAGGGGGUCCAGGAUACCCAUCAAGAAGGGUACGAGGCCCAUGUCCAUUGCCAGUAGUGAUGCGACUUGAUGAAUCAACGAGUUGAAAAUAAGGAGAAGAAGAAGAGGAAGAAGUAAUGCAUGGAUUACUAUGCCAGAAUUCUGUGUUGAACAGAAAGAGAACCAUAAACAUGACGGGAAAUCCUUUUUUAUCACUUACUACGGCCAGUUUGAGGAAGUUACUCAUAGGUGACGUUACGGGAGGUGCCGGAGGGCCAGCAAAGGAAGCCUGGUGGCCUUGUGCUUUUUUAUUUUCAUUUCUUCUUACUUAAUCGUAGUUUUCUUUCAACUUGGUGCAGCGAGAAAAUACCUCGGUGAUACACAGCAGGCUGAUCAGCCUGUAGGAUGGUGCUUAAUGGAGAGAGUAGAGCAGUUGAUUGAUCGAUCUAUUGCUUUUCAUCUGAAUGAGGAAUAGUAAGAGCUUUUUACUAGACUAAAUUCUAAUCAGUGAUGAGGAUUGAUGUAGGAUUAACCAUUGAGUGUCUUGCGUUGUUGGCUUUUUUUCGGAUAGUUGCUUCCAGGAGGUUCAAUCGCAAAGUAAUUGCAGAUUGCGUUCGGAGAAGUUAUUCAUUUGAAUCGGAUGCAUUGAAAAAAAUCAAAGUCGAUUUUGAGAAUGUUUUAGUGACAGAAUAUAUUCAUAUAUUUUUUUUACGAAUUGAAAAUACGUUUUAUCGGAUGGAAUUCUCCUGAUUCCAAUGGAUAGUUCUUCUGAACUUGAUUGAAUGGAAGUUUUUUUCAUAGAAAAUAGCAAUACAUCACGAUUCUUCACAUCGCAUUGGUUGUAUUCCGCAUAUGAACGAAUUUAAUGAUCAAAAGUAAAGAUAGAUAAAACAUUGAAUUGACAAUUCAUAUGCUAAAAUAGGGUACUAUUGUUUUCAUCGAUCCUACCGAUCGUUUUUUUUUACAAAUGUAUUUAUUUAUAUAGUCUAUCGGUUGUAUUUAUUAAAGACGAUUUAAUUACGCGUUGAUGCAGGGGAUGAAUAAAUAAUAUUGGUAAUGUCGUAUAAAAAGAACAGAGAGGGACUUAGAGUAUUAGGAGAAGGAUGCAAUAAAUUGCAAAUUAAUAUCAGGUAAAUCCUUCAGACUGCAUUAGAUAUCCUAACGUCUGACAACUGUCAUUCCAGUGUUUAAACAUUUUUUAUACCAAAAUCAAGUAGAAGCCUUUUUUAUGUAAGGAAAAAAAACGAAAGAAUAAAAAUAAGUGUCUUACGUGCACUGAGAGUUCGAUUCACUUGAGCUUAGACUAACGAAUAGAUGCAGCGUAUACAAGUGAGAGAAAAAAUUUAUAGUGAAAGUCGUACAAAAGUGAUUUUUGACGAAAUAUUAAAUUCAAAUGCCCAAACUAUUUUUAGUAGUACAUGUGUAUAGUUGAUAAAUAACAUUUUCUAGAAUAAGCGAAAUUGAAUUCUAAACGAUAUUCAAUGGAGAGAACCGUUGAAUAUUGCAGAUGUCCGAUCAAAUUGAAUUUAAAAUCAACCAGAAGUUUUCAGUUGGCGAAUUUCUGCUGAAUUAUUGAAUUACAUACACGACUCAAAAUAUAUGGAUGACUUUGGGAAUACAUGACAUUAUAAGUCACCCGUGACAGGCGAGUAGCUGCCCAUGUACGCGAUUGUAACGGCUAAGCUUAGUAACCCCUCCUAUUAUAUUUCGUGACAAAAAAGUAAUAAAAACUUUUGAUUUUCGCAAGUAAGUUAUGUCGUCACUACCCGUUCUUUCCCUUUUUUUUAUAAUCUCAACUACCAGACAUCGUCGUGAUUGAUGAUUUAUCAUUAAGUCAUAACAUUAAGUUUAUAAGUAUUCAAUGUUACGAAUGAUUGAAUUGACCUCUGUCAUUACUAUUAUUUUUAUCGAAACUAUUAUCAAUAAACCGUUGUAUUAAUUAUUUUGAAUAUGACGAAGAAGAUUUAACGAGUUAUGAAGUAAACUUCGAGAAAGUGAAAUUGGUGAAUAAAAAAUUGAAAAAAAUGGAA